GCGUACGAGGUUUUGUACAAUUAUAAUUGUAUUGUGUGUCGUGCCGUGUGUGUAGUAGAUAUCAAAAUCACUUUAAUUUAGUACAAACAACAAAUUAAACAACCCGCCGGGGCCAGGGUGUUUUGUUGUUGAAGACUGUCCAGUAUAGUUUGAGACCGAGCGAGUGGGGGCCAAAUAAGACGUGGAGACUUCAGAAAUAUUCUGUGGCUGAUUGCAAGCAUUAUGACAAGACACCUGACGUUCCUCAUCUGUUUGUUUUAUGUUUCGGACGUGAGCAAUGCACUGUAUCUCCCUGAGCUAGAGAUCAGACAAAUGAUUGUAAACACCCACAAUACCUUGCGGCGGAAGGUGGCCACACGUUGGGCAGACAAAGGACUGGCCGCGAGCGACAUGAGGAAAAUGCGAUGGGACGAAGGGUUGGCAACAGACGCCGCUUCCAUGGCAACGUGUGAGAGUCUCAGCGGUGUGGAGACGGGUUACGACUACAUGAGCUCAUCGACAUCUCUAGGGGGCGAUUCAACCGCCAUUUUCUACGACGACCUUGUGAGCAUGGGGAACGGAAAGAACGUCGCCGUCAGCCCGUAUGGAAACAUCCGGCAGAUGGUCGAAGGGUGGAGCUCGCAAGAAACUCAUUUUAACUACAAAUUCCAGAUGUGUGCGUCGGGUCAGAAUUGUGACGCGUUUUUGCAGAUGAUCUGGUCGAAAGCAAGCAGUGUCGGGUGCAGCUUGAAUCCUUACUGCGUUCAAGAUGGUGUAAGUGUCAAACUGCUCGUCUGCCUGUACGAUAAAGCUGCAAGUAUAUUCGAUGUCCCAUAUUCUGUCGGUGAAGUUUGCAGCCAGUGUGGUUCGGAGGCAGGGUUUUGUGAACGAGACUUAUGCGUUCCUUCCUGCCAUGGGCGCCCAUCUGAAGAAUGCGGUUGUCUGAAAACGUGUCACCACCCUGGCAUCGGUGAGGGCGUGAUUGAUGAAGAAAGCUGUACGUGUAACUGUUUGUACGGACUCGGAUCCGAUUGCCAAGAGGUGUGUGUGAAUCCUCAGCAGUAUUUGAACUUUGAUUUUUGUGCGGAUCAAAACGACCCGGACUCCUGCGAAAGGAUGCCUGAUUGGCAACGGACAACAUGUCCGGCCAACUGCGAUUACGGCUGUAGAACAGCACCGUGAUUAUACCAUUAUCAUUCGGUUCAGACAGCCCGCCAGCCUCGACUCACGACGGGUCCCUGCCAGUCCACCUAACACUCAACUCAAACACACAUGACAUCAUUUAGAUUGAUACGAAUAUGGGAUAUGAACUAAACUCUGUGAUGAAACAAUCUUCAUAAGUCGUAAUUCGUCAAGAUGUAUAUAUGAAAAAUAAAAUGAACACAACUAAUAUGACUUUGUAUCAGGUUUAUGAUUGGUGCAAAUUACAUUUUUUGUUGAGGCUCUGUGAUUUUCUUAAUUAUCAAGAAGUUCACUUAUUUUAUUCACAGGACGCACAUUGUUUUAAAGGUCUGCGUUCUACGCAAUAUUAAUAAACUCAACUUGUAAGCAAAACUUGUCAAUAUUGUACACAAUGUUAUGGAUAUUAUGCGAAUCUAGAUUUCCAAAUUAAUGAUCAAUUGUCAAUAGUAUAGGAAGGUUGUAUAGGGUACAUUGGGUGCGUUCGUUUAGCUUCCCUUGGUCUACCCCGCUAAUCGAACGAUCACACUCGCCCUCUCGUGGUG